UUGUUAAUUGCGCCGCUUGCCUCCCGCUCCUCUGUGUCUCGACAACUCUCAACUAUUCAGACUCCACCUAAUACUCUCCGGAGACUACUGCCACAGGCGACAGCUACUCGGUCUUCUGCUCGAUCUCCGCUAUUAAAUCUGUGUUUUCUUCGCGAAGCUUUCAGUAUAGAUGGAUCCCUGUUGGUGUCUGGAUUAGAGGAUGGCAUGAUUCGGGUCUGGGAUAUACUAAAAACCACAACAUCACUUGCAUCUUUAGGCAUGGAAAAGAUUUUUAUUGAUGCAAUAGAGCCGUUGCGGGUUUCCUAUAAGAAGAUGAAUCCUUUCUGUGUACCUUUUGCGGCUACAAACAUGGGCUCUGCCAUUCUUUCCAUGGAUUUGGGAUGGAUGGGUCCAAAUUAUUCAAUUUCUACCGCAUGUGCUACAAGUAACUUCUGCAUUCUGAAUGCUGCUAACCACAUCAUAAGAGGUGAAGCUGAUAUGAUGCUUUCUGGGGGAUCUGAUUCAGCAAUUAUACCAACUAGAGUGGGUGGAUUUAUUGCUUGCAGGCCACUUUCUCAGAGAAACAAUGAUCCUACUAGAGCUUCACGGCCCUGGGAUAGUGACUGCGAUGGGUUUGUCAUGGGUGAAGGAGCUGGAGUUCUGCUUCUGGAAGAACUUGAGCACGCAAAGAAAAGGGGUGCAACAAUCUAUGCUGAAUUUCUCGGUGGAAGUUUCACUUCUAAUGCUCAUCACAUGACAGAACCUCAUCCUGAAGGUACUGGUGUUGUCCUAUGCAUAGAGAAGGCCAUAGCUAAUUCUGGGAUAUGCAGGGAUGAUGUUAACUAUAUAAACGCGCAUGCCACCUCCACUUAGGCUGGCGAUCUCACAAAAUUCCAAGCUCUCCCACGUUGUUUUGGCCAGAACCCAGAGGGUCAUGGUUACCAUGUUUUUAUUGAUGGAGUGCAAAUACUAGAUGUUCCUUGGAACAACAUUUCUUUACAAAGUUUCCAGUUGCACCAGAUGAGAUAGAGCUUGUGGAUACACUAGAUUGUUAAGAACAAGAAUACGUGUUGGUGAUGCUGCACGGCCUGCACCUAUGGUUCCUAUAUUGAGUGCGAUAUUUACCUUAUUUGCAUUUAGCUCAAGAACCAAUUAGCUUUUGUUUAUUUUGAAUAUAAACUGUAAAGAAAAUAUAUAGCAAAAAGUUAUAUUGAAAAAGACUAUCAUCUAAAA